AUGGCUACCACAAAGAACAUCCUCGAGAAUAUUUUUGGGAUGCUGGGGAUCAUCUUUUGGAGCUUACAGUUGUUACCUCAGGCCAUUGAUAAUUACAAAACCAAGUCUACGAAAGGUCUAUCCUGUUCCAUGUUUUUCAUUUGGACGUUGGCUGCCCUGGGAUUUGGAUCAUAUGGCGUAGUGGAAGGGCUGUCAAUCCCUAUCAUUGUCCAGCCACAAAUAUUUGGCUCGUUGUCAGCAUUGUGCUGCCUACAAUGCCUUUACUAUGGCAAGAGGACCCAAUGGUCUAUCAAGAACACUAUUAUAGGUGGCAUUUUAAUGUUUGUGGCUAUGGCGAGCAUUCAAAUUGCUGCUAUAUAUGCUACAAGGGUAAGAUAUCUGAUGUUAGCAGGUAAAGAUCAUGAGGUUCUAGGUACGACGAUCGCAGCGGGACUGAUUCCUAUCAUUCUACUAGCCAUUGGAUUUAUACCUCAGUACAUUGACAUCUAUAAAAGCAAGUCCGUAGUAGGUGUUAGCAUGGCAUUCAUCGCUGCGGAUGCUAUGGGCGCAAUGUUUUCGAUUAUCAGUCUUUGCUUCCGUGAUACGUUCGACCUCUUGGCUACACUCAACUAUGUCGUAGUCCUAAUCUGCGAUUUCAUUAUUUUUGGAUUUUAUGUUUACUACAACAAAAUGAAUCCACAGAUCAAGGAUAGCAGAGUCAACAAUGAAAUUGAAAGGGCGAGGAAGCCAGAAUCCACAAUUGUCACCAUUAGGGAGUCUCAAAUAUAGGAGAAAGAUCAUGUAUACUUUCCUUCAUAAUGAAAG